GUGGUAGAGUUUUGGGCCCAAAAUGCCAGCCUGCUCUAUAUGGGGCUACGACUACUCGAACCGAACAAUGAUCCCCUUCUAAGCCGAUUCAAAGCAACGUCAUUGUUGAUAUAACAGCAAUUAUGCUAAUCAGUUGGAGGGCGCGUCGAGGUCUCUACACCUUUCUCCUUGUGAUUCAAUGAACUUCAGCUCCGGAGCCAAAACAAUCCAAACAAUGACGAAAUCUCUGUUUAGCACUCGAUUGCCAAGGUAGUUGAUAAGCCGAUUUUGGCUGGCUUAUCUUGGCCAAAAGCUCUGGCUUUUAUAUUUUGGCCUAAAACUAUGCUGUUCCCAGAGUUGAGUAGAGUUCUUUUGUAUUUUUUAAGAUGGUACCUUUAGAUGUACCCGUUGAGCUGAUAAAGUUGUUUUCGUUUCAUUUUAUAUUAUUUUUUCUUUGAAUGAAAUAUUUAAAUCUACCUCUUAAUUAAAUUUCUAUCUCUGAGCACUUUUUGGCUGAUAAUUCAAGGGCUGAUAGCCGGAGAAUGUGGAGUGUUGGAUUCGCCAAUAAAUAGCCAGGUCAGAACUAAACCAGACCAAACAGUUUAAGGAAUCAACAUGAAGGCAUUCAUCGUUUUGGUGGCUCUGGCCUGUGCCGCUCCAGCUUUCGCCGGUCGCACCCUCGACCGCUGCUCCCUCGCCAGGGAGAUGUCCAACCUGGGCGUUCCCCGUGACCAGCUGGACAAGUGGACCUGCAUUGCCCAGCACGAGAGCGACUACCGCACCUGGGUGGUCGGCCCGGCCAACUCUGACGGAUCCAACGACUACGGUAUCUUCCAGAUCAACGAUCUGUACUGGUGCCAGCCUGAGGGACGCUUCUCCUACAACGAGUGCGGCCUGAGCUGCAACGCCCUCCUCUCCGACGACAUCACCAACUCCGUCCGUUGCGCCCAGAAGGUCCUCAGCCAGCAGGGCUGGUCCGCCUGGUCCACCUGGCACUACUGCAGCGGAUGGUUGCCGUCCAUUGAUGAGUGCUUCUAAGCGACUUCGACCUGGAAUUAAUAAAAACAAAAUGAUGCUUAUGGAAAAAAAAA